CAUACCCGGGCGGGACUCGUCUAACAAGACCAAGUGCUUUUUGGUGAUUUACGCAUGAAGGGUCCAUCCGCCUUCAUUCCAACAACACAGUCUCGUAGCUUAGGUCACAAACAUUACUUUGGAUUUGUUUUGCUCAUACGUAUAUUAUUUUUUGUCAGAUUGGAUUCAUUUGAAGUGGGUAAUUUGUUGGAUUAACCAUGAGAUGACAGAGUUCAUGCUGAGGAAAGUGCUGUUUCUUUGAAGAAGGAUUAAAUUGUUACCAAAAACCAUGGAACAGGAUGAAGAGAUGAAAGUUAAGACCCUGAGGGAAAGGUUCCAUAAUGAUGAAACUUCGAAGAUCCGAAUCAAACCUGCCAUCCCAGAUAAACCCAAAACUAUCCCCCCAAUAUCUCCCACUGCAAAAAUCAGCAACCCCCUAAUUGCUUCCAUCAACUCAGCUGUGGAGAACCGCAUGGCCCCUCGUGUGGUCUUUAAAGAUGACAAAAAGAACCACCAAUUUUCUCAACCGCAAACCUCAACAGUAAAGGCAAAGCCUGUUUUACUAAAUAAGAACCAGCAGAAGGAAGCAGAUCUUAUCAAACAAGCCCUGAAAGAUAAGAAAAUUCUGCGCAUGAGUCCUGUUACUUCAGUCUUAGAACAGACACCCAAACCUGAGUCUAUCCAACAAUCCCCAGUUUUGGAGACACCAGUUAAACUUUCUACAUCAUUGAAGAAGCCUAUUUUCAACAAGACAGACUAUGAUGCGACAGAGAAGACACACACCUCAGAAUGGGGUGUACCAGCUACCCCUGUCCUUGGUCAUUCAGAUUCUAGCAUUUCCACUCCUGCCAAGGCAGAGGUCACAGUUAAUAAGCCUGUGAUUUCCAAAGCUCUUGUUCCGCCCGUUAGAACAAACCCUACUUUCUCAGCUCCAGUUAUUUCUCCUCCUGCAGUUUCAGUCUCAAAACCUCCUGCCCUGACAGUUCCAGAACCUGUCUCCCAAAAUGGUCCUCAAAUGGUGAACCCAAGGCCAGAAAUUCCUAUUAGACUUAAUUCCAAUGUAAUAAGUCCAACAGCAGAUCUGUUUCCACAUGGUUUACCAGAGGAGGCAACAUCCAGUCCAGAAAUCAAUGAUAUUCUUGAAAUGGAUAUUCCACCUCCAAUUAUUCCUGAGGACUUUUUUGAUGGUGGCACUCCUGUUCUAAAUAUGUCUGCCAACGUUACUCCUGAGCAUUCAUUCCCUGAGGCUUCUCUUUCUAUUACUCCAGUUUCCAGUAGCUCAGCUCUACCUCGUACAGCCUCCCCUAUUCCAGCAAUAAAACCCCCAGAUUCAGAUUCUGCUUUUAUAUUCAGUCCUUUGCCAGCAGUUUUAGCUCCAUCAACAAAUGUGGAAUCCAUGGCAGAAAAGAGGGUGACUGAAUCCCACAAGGCAACUGAACAUACAGAGAAGCCCUUGGAAGUUCCAUUGUCCAGCUCACCCAAGACCCCUUUAGUGGUCUCUGCUCUAGCGAGAGCUGAAGAGAUGGCGCCGGUUAAGCAUACCUCUUGUGAUAAACGACUGUUUACCCUUCUAGAAAAGGCUAAACAAAAGUCUACAAAAGGCGAUCAGUUAUCCACACCUGAAAUUCUGCCUUUGGUUGAGACAGAUCUGCCCAGCAAUGCUCCACUUGAGUCUGCACUACCAGAGACAGCCCAUGCUGAACCAUUCUCACAUAUGGAUGCCCCAAAUACCCCUGAAAUGUUUGGGAAUAUUCUUGAUAUCCCCCCUGUUGACUAUGAGGGCAAGGCAGAAGGAGCAGCACUGAGAGAGUAUAACACCCAACCUUAUGAAACAGCUCUUAAUGACCAAGAACCCAGGAAAAGUUCACCUGCUCCGAAGGUGGUGGUUGUGCAAAAACCUGUUGUGCCUCCUCCACCUCCCCCAAGAAAGCCCCAGCCGACAUUGUUUAAUGGUGGCCUCACACCAGAGAAACCACCUCAGUCUCCAAGCACAGAUAUGCAGUCCACCAUUCUGCCAAGUUGGCCCCUGAAGGACAAUGGAAUCAUUAUCCCAGCUCCUGCAGAUUUUACCUCAGAGUAUUCAAAAUAUGAAGAUUCAGAAAUUUGUGAUCCAUCUGAAAUGAUCGGGUCACAUGCAGAAGCUCCAGAUUAUGGAAAUCCUGGACCAUUAGUUCACGAGGAAACAUUUUUGGAACAUUUAAAUCUCAAACAUCAGACCCCAAAUAUGGAGACUACAGAUGUUGGGCUUCCCAGAACAGUGACGAUUGAACCUUCAGAUUCAGUACCAGACUCUCCUUUCAAUCCAACUCUCCCAUCCCCAUCCGGAAAACAAAUAAACUACAGUAGCACAGAUUUGGAAGACCUGGCAACCAGCAAGAAAAGUAAAGCAACAAAGAAACAACGCAAAGGAUCUCCUAUGAAUCCAUAUGCUGAUGCAUCUGUUGCGGAGAUCCCCAAGAAAACACUAUUUUCCAAAAAGAACUCGGUAUCAGAUGAAAAGGAGCUGAAGUCGAAAGAAAAACAAAAGCAGAAGGACAAAGAGAAAGAAAAGGAAAAAGAAAAGAAGGACCAGAAGGAGAAGGAAAAAGACAAAGAGCAGAAGGAGAAGGAAAAAGAAAAGGAGCUGAAGGAAAAGGAAAAAGAAAAGAAUGAACAGAAGGAUAAGAAAAAAGAGCAAAAAGAGAAGGAAAGAAACAAGAAAGAGCUCAAAGAGAAAGAAAGAGAAAAAAAGGAACAGAAAGAGAAAGAAAAGAAAGUAAAUGAAAUUAAGAAAAAAUUCAAGAUCACAGCAGAGGAGGAGGCCUUGUACCAAACUAAAGUGAAAGAAACCACUAAGGGCCGUAAAGAUGAUCUGGCAAUAAAAGCUGGAGAGAUCGUCAGCAUUAUUCGCACCACAGACUGCCCUAAAGGAAAAUGGCUGGCCAGGGACAGUACAAACAAAUAUGGCUAUAUCCCAGUGGAGAGUGUGGAGUUGAAUAUUCAGGAGAUGAUGGUGCUGGGGAAUAAAUCUAAGGCUACUAACAGGACCAGCGUUAAUGGGUUCAUAGACCCAGAGGCCCCCAGUACAGACAUCAUAUCCUCACAUCAUUAUAGCCUGAACCACGAGAGCUUCGAAGAUGACAGUGAGGAGUGGAUUGACGAUGAUGACACAGUUUUCCCAACAGCUGAUGCCACCGAUCUAGACGUGAACCGGUGGGCGGCUUCUCCGGACAUUGGUCCCGAGCCAGUUCCAGCUCUACCAACACAUACUGAUAGCAGCAAUACGUUUCAUACAGGACAAGAAGCGGUUCAUAAACUGACGACCUUCUUUGCGCAGCCUCAAGUGCCCUCACUGCAGAACAAUACACCAAUCAAAGAACCAGAGCCGCUUGCCAUCAGUGCUGAGGGACCAGUCAGUUUACUCAAAGAGGAAACAGAUCUGCAGAUCCUUCCACCUCCAGAUUUGUAUGCUGACAUCGUCAUGGGGUGAACAGAACGCAUUUAUUCCAUCUGACAUGCGAUGGACAUUUUGAAAAACUGCAACGUAUGCUUAGGUCUGUCUGAUGGUGCACUGAAAGAAAGAACUCGACUGCAACUCUUCCCCCGGCUGAUGUGAAAGAAUGCUGUCAGACAUGUAUAAAAAUGAGGCGUGGGUAUGCACGUGGUAUACACAUGGUUGAAGGUGGGGUUCAUUUACCUCCCAUUUUACCUAAGAAGGACUUUGAAUGGAGGAAUAUACAGUAACUAGUUCGCUGUCCAACGUUAUUACUUUCCUUCUGGAACCUGGGUGUUUUUAGUUCCACCAUGCUAUUCUGAGUAAUCUGAUUAAAGAUUGCUUUUAGAUGACGUUGGCUGUGAAACUGCUAUGUAAUACAAAGAGCUUGUAAGACACAAAGCUAAACUGGAAAACAGUUAAAAACACCAAGGCAAUCAAUCAUUUGGUUGAAUUUCCACUAAAACUAAAUGAUAUUUCUUGUUUCUUGUUAAAGAUUUUUAAGAUCAUGUUGUGUACUUGUAUAGUUAGUUAUUCUCAUGUAAACAUGAGCCUCAGUUUAUAUUAAAGUAUUCUCAGCACACAGUCUUUACAAAACCCAAUCACACUUGACAGGGUCAUUCCAUCUCAAGUGGUCCAAUACAGGGUAGCUUGACCAUUUUUAAUUUUCCUAAACUUUUUGAGUGAUUACCUCUAGUGAUUUGGCAUCGCAAAACACCAAGAAACACCAGGUUUUUGUUUUGUUAUGUUAUUUUACUUGGUUUAACUAUCUUUGUGUUAUGGCACACAACAAAUUUUGGUUAUACAAUUGUUUACAGAAACCUCAAUAUCUCGGCUCAGGAUGGCCCUGAGUUAAGCUCCAAGUGGGAAAGAAAUGGUGGUUUUGUAAUGCCAAUACAUAGAGGUAAUCACACAACAAGAAAAUUUAGAAAAAUUAAAAAUGGUCAAGCAACCAACUUUACAGUUAUUGGACCACUUGAGAUGAACUGACCCGACAGAACGAUGGAUUGAUUCCUGUUGUGCUUUGAUAGUAUUAUAUCCAUGUACAGUUAUAUUAUUAAAUGUGUGUGGUGUAUGUCUCACCUGCUUUAGACUGUCUAAGUGUUUGGAUAAUGGUUACUUGUUAAAAAAAAUGUAAAACAGUUUAUAUUACACAUAGAGGUAUAGUUUUGCUUCUUUGAGAACGACUGGACUUGGCACCCAGAUAUUGAUAAAAACACUAAAAUGCAUGUAAAGCCAUUUUGAUAAUCUUUCCUAGCAUAUCUUAACCAUAUUUAUUUGUACUGCUAAAAUGAAAUUAUUUAGAUUUCCCAAUAACCACAAGACAAUACUGUCAUUUAUAUGCUCAAUACACAUUCUGUUUACUUUUUUUGUACAAUAAAUAAUAAAGUGCAAAUGAGAACAACAUGCAGUGCAUAAUCUGUGGAAAAAAAAAAACGUGCAAACUCGCACGUCGACAGUGAAACGCACACAUAACACUGACUUCGCUUUUCCACACCAGGUAUGUUAUGUACACACGCUUAUACAAGGCCCGACUGAGAAGCAAAAACACACUUUGGUUGCGAUUACUGAUUUGGACGGUUGCCAUGCAGAGAAUAUUACUCGUGUCCGUUUGGAGUGUUUACUGCACAUUGUGUUGGAAUUGAGAAAUAAUGACAAAACUUGUUUGCGUCUUGGAAAAUGAUCUGUUAAACAAAACUGGUUCAACUCUGUCAUUACGAAUCGAUUUUCAGUGUGUAAUGGUGCAUAUUCAGCAGUACAGG